ACAGGCUCAUCAGUCUUUACUACAAGCAGCAUCCGAUCGCCUAGGAAAGGAUUUCUUUUUGACUUUUGAGCAGAAACCCAAGAACCAAACCAACACAUCAAGAUGGCAAGAAUCGUAAUUGCAAUCAUCGCAGUUGUUGCAUCUUUCAUGCUGGCGGAGUCCCUAACCUGCAACAAAUGCAGCUACGGUCUGCUCGGCUACUGCCUCAGCAGCUCUGAAGAGUCCUGCACGACCAACACCAGCGUCUGCUUUACUGGAAAAGCAACUUUCCCAGCAAUAAGCUCUGCUGGUUUCAACACCCAGGGGUGCCGCGAGCCCGCCGGCUGCAACGCCACCACCAACGGCACCCUGGUAGGUUUGGCGUUUGAGACCAAGAUCGACUGUUGCUCAACAGACAAUUGCAACCCCGUCGUGAUCAGCGGCGCCCCAUCCACCAAGAUGACCUUCACCGCCGCCAUCGGUGUAGCCGUCCUGGCCUCCAUGUGGGGAAGCAUUCUGUAAUGCAAAAUCAACAUCAACAACAACAACAACAACAACAACAACAACAAAACAGCUGCAGCCAUCCUGCACCUGAUAUCCAUGUGUGCUAUGAUGCUAAAUGAUACCAGACGGGGUCUUAACAAGACCAAAAGCACUAUCUACAAUAAACUCUUUGGACCUCAUGAGUUUUUAAGAAUGAUUAUGCUCACAUGCUGUGAUCAUUAUUGAUAAUAAGUCUUGUCAUGUCAGGGUUCAGUUUUAUAAUGACGAGUUCUAUUUAAACCCACAAAACUAUAGGUGUCAGACGUCGUGGAAGUCGAUCAAUGGGAUGUUUCAGUGAAACAUUGAGCUCGUCCCUCUUCCAGGCUGAUGCUUAUUAUAAUAUGUUGCUAAAUAUUUUUUUUAUUUAUCCUUUUAAGUAGUUUGUGUCUCACUGGAAAACACAUUGAUGUGAAAAUAAAGAAAAUCGUUCAAACACA